AUGUUCCACGCCGCAGUGUUCCAUCGAUAUUAACAUUUAUACGACGUGGACAGUAAAAAUACAGUACAAUCAAAUAUUUAAUAAUGUAUAUAACCUCUUUUGUUUUAUCAAUUUUGUUAGCAAAACUAGUUUCAUCGCAGACGGAUGCUAACGCUGUCAGUGAAGUAAAGACGUUGCAGUGGGAUUCUACGGAAUCUGUUUUUGCCUUGCAAAUCCAACAAAUCCGGACGUCGUCGGAAGUGACGCCGGCGGCCUCUGCCGGAAACAAUCUUAAUGUCCUCAGUCCCGACGUAGCAAGCAACUUUCUCGAAGCGCAAGAAGAAAAUUUCCGAGCAAUCCCGACUUUCCAUCCGAUUGCCGGUGAAAAAAUCAAAAACGAUCAAGACGGAGGAAACAGCAAAUUACUUUCAACACUCGAAGCGAAUUUCCUUGAAGAGAAAAACAUUGAUGUGCAAAAUAAAGUUUACAAUUCGAAGGAACCUGAGAAUUUAAUAUGGGAGAACUGCUUCGAUUUAGUGCAUUCAAAACAUGGCAUGGAAAAAUCGGAAAGCUUAGAAUCUGAAAAUGUAAGGACGUUAGGCACUUAUAUAAAUAAACGUAAUUCUCUAUCUACAAAUGAUUCCUCGGCGUUAAAAUCUUGGUUAGAGAAGUAUAAUAAACUAAAAAGUGGAGGUAACUUAAGAACAAUGCAGCCUGUUGUUGUUACUGAAACAUCUACAGAAUCUUUGUCGUCGUCAAGUUCAUCAUCAAUACAAAUCAUACCAAUUACAACGAGCAUACCAAAUUCAUACACAGAACCAAUGAAUAUAACACUAGAUGUUAUCACAGAACAUACAAUUCAAGAGACCGACGCAAGUGACUGGUUUAUAAACGUCGAUAGUAAGAUAAAGUUUGGAAGUUUACCUCAAACGCAAACAUAUCUUAUACCAAAAUUCAAAUUGGACGAAGGUUUUCACCCUUUCAGUUUUAUGUCAAAUUUCUUUUCUGCGGUUUAUCUUUUCGACUAUCCCAUUGGUCUUGUCAAGGAUAUUGUAAAAGGGAAAUUCACUUUCCCAUAUUCGUUUUUACAGUCAAUCAAAGUGGAGUCUACAUUUUUGGUGUUUAUUAUAACGUUCGGUGUGUUCGCCUUGAUCAUUCCAUUGUACCUCUUCAUAUUGAGCUUAAUAUCGCUGUUUUCUAAAUCGAAAUGCACCGAUGAAAUUGAAUCUGGAACCUUAUUCCUGGAGUCGGAGAGACCAGAUUGCCAUGACAAGGUCCUCGUGAUUUUCACGUUCCUUUUCUUACUUAUAUGCUGUGCUCUUAUAUCGGGGAUGGUUUUAAGCAAUGAGCAGUCCCGAAUAGCAGUGGCAGAGAGUCGCAACAUAAUAAGCUGUGCUUGUGCUGACACAGCAUCCUGGCUCUCCACGGCUGCACAGGAGUUGCAUCAGAGCCUGGUGCCGCCGGUGGACAUGGUGUUCUACGCUUACAACGAGGAUUUGAGAAACGUCGCAACACUUUUGGGACAACCAAUACAACAGGCAAUAGCAUCCGAGAGUGGUAUUGAUUUAGUUCUAGAUUCAUUGGCAGAUAUUAUAUCAGAGAGUGAAGAUUUAUCAAUAAAGGUGUCAUCAUUAAGAGAGUCCUGCACCAAAGCUAGUCUUCUCGCAACAGCGGCAUCAGAAAAGAUUAAUGAUUUGGCUCAACAAUUGGAUAGCCUAAGACAACACUGUGUUGAGAAGGAUAUCCCUCUCUGUGACACUCUUAGAACGAAUACGUUGCAUAUAAUGAUGAAAUUUGACUCAAUACUUCAAGAGAAACAACUAUUAGAAUUAAACAAUUUAGGAGUGAAGAACUUAACACAAGCUAUAUCAGUCGCAAGGAAAGAAUUUCGAACUUUGCCUACUGCUAUAUCAUUACAAACAGAAAGAAUAAGAACAGAUAUUCUUCGUGAUAUAGAAAAUCGUAGACAAAUCGUACAUAACUCUGCAAAGGUAUUAAACGAUAUAGUCAGGCAUCUUACAUCCGGCCUGCAUAGUCUAGCACGGCAAAUGGAUCUGGGAUUGGAUAGAUUAAAUAAAUAUGAAUUGUGGCGAUGGAUCAUUGUACUAGCAUGCAAUUCUAUUAUCGGGUUUGUGAUGUUACUUAUAUUGCUGGCAAUGUGUUGCGGCUGCGGUAAUGCUAAAAUACAUGCCAAGAGAACUUUACAAGUAUCAUCAUUUUGUCUUUGUAUCGUGUCUAUCAUACUUUGGAGUAUAGUUUCCGCUACCUUUCUCAUCUCUGGACAUGCUGAGGUUUAUGCAUGUCAAAUUUUAUGGGAGGAGCAAUAUCAAACCUUAUCAACACUUCUGGAUCGGCCAUCCCCUCUUCUAUCUAAUAGUGAUGGGAUUUUUGAUGUCUUGUUCAAGGAUCUAUACAAUGUGACCGUGGAAGUACCUAUCAAAAAUGUUUUAAGAGAAUGUGAAAAAAAUGAGCCUGCGUACAUUGUGUUUCAGCUGGACAAAAUAUUAGACGUAAAUAAAGAAACGUCUUACUUCGAGUGGGACGAUUUGCAAGAUGAUUUAAAAAGAUUAACAAAGUCCAUCGAUGUCGGCUUUCUAAAGACAAUAUCGGACAAUUUCAACAAGUUGCUAAAUAGAAUACUUUUUGUGUCUGAUGUUAAUUUGACAACAUACAGAAUGGAAUACAAUGGACCAGUUUUGGGUAAGGAUUUGCCAUCGUUUGUGGAUCAACUGGAGAACGUUGCAGUUCAAGUGAGCGAUUUGAACACCGCUGGAAGGUUAGAAAGUUUAGCAACAAGAACCCAAAGAAUACAUCUGUCAAACAUCAAGCCUCUGGAACAGUUGCGGACAGAGUUGGUCUUCAAAUUGACGGAGUUGGAACUACAGAUGAUGCCUUUCCGUAGGAAAUUGAACAUCUCGCUCAGUCACAUACAUACAGCGCAGUUUUACAUCGACAAUCAAGGGGACGUCAUCGCCCAAAAGAAGCUGUCAACUUUCAUAUCCCGCUUGGUGUCGCACACGGCCGGCUGGCGCACGCACGUGCUCACGGCGGCAAGUGAACAUGCGGCCAGAUGUGGCCCACUCUUCACGGUGUUUGCGGCCCUCAGGACCCUUGUCUGUACCAAAUAUGUCUCCUCUUUGCACGGAUGGUGGUUCUGCGGCUUCUUCUUGGGGUUCAUCUGGUGCACGGUUUUCACUCCACUGUGUGUCAAGCUUUGGAGGUCUUACGCCAAUAGAUUGAGGGCUAUGGAUACGUUGACAUUAACUAACAUAGGGAACCCGGUACACCGGCGACAGCCACCUGCGACGACACCAAUUGGAACACACCCGGACCGCCGCCACCCCCUCGAGACGACCGCGACAGUUGGUGAUUACCAUUUCACGUACAUGGAAAGUGAAUCAAGUCUGGAUCAUAACAUGAGCGAUGUCGAUCUAACGUUGCCUACUAGCACAAAAUACGAUAAAGAUUAUGCCUACUACGAUUAAGGAGUUUUGUGCUUUGACCUUGUACAUUACGUAUUUAUUUAUUUGUUUAUUUAUAUAAAGCACGUCAACAUUAAACUUUUAAAAAACAGAAUAUGUCGCCUGAAAAAAAUUCCGAUAUACCUAUAUAAACUAUAUCUCUAUAAUAUUAAAAUUAUAGUAAAUUAACUAUUCAUUGUUCACCUUUCGCAAAAAUUCGAUGUAAUUCUCUAAAGGUCUUAUUUGUAAUAUUAUAAUUUCAAACAAAUUUCAUCAGUGUCCUUUCUUGCUGACGCAUAAUAUUAUAAUGAAUAUUCAAAGAGUCAAAAUAUAUAACAAUUUUCAAAUAUGAAACUUUUGCGUUUACAUUAUAUUAUAUUCCACUAUCAAUAUAUCGUUUCAUUACAAGUUUUAUAUUAUACUAGCGGACGCCCGUGACUUCGUCUGCGUGAAACCCUACUGCUACGCCUACCCCUACCCCUACCCUACCCCUACCAUACCCCUACCCUACCCCUAUCCAACUACCCCUAUGGUAGGGAUCAUGCGACGGCGACGGAAGCUUAAAAAAUGGAGUAACUUCUCCCGUUUUCAUAACAUUUCCCUUUACUGCUCUGCUUGUAUCGAUCGUAGCGUGAUGAAAAGUAUACUAUAACCUGCCUACGAGUAUGAAGAAUAAUUAUAGCAAGUUUCGUUAAAAUCCGUCGAGUAGUUUUUGUUUCUAUAAAGAACAUACAGACAGACAAAAAUUUUACUGAUUGUAUUUUUGGUAUCAGUAUCGAUCACUAAUCACCCCCUGAUAGUUAUUUUGGAAAUAUAUUUCAUAUGCAGAAUUGACCUCUCUACAGAUUUAUUAUACCUAAGUAUAGAUUGAUUUAAUUUUUUUAAUCCAUUUUUUGCAUAUAAUUUAUAAGUUCGAUCGUAAAAUAUUAUAUACAGAUGUAGAUUUUUUUAGUUUAUUGUAAGAAUAUUAUAUAAUAGAAAUAUAUAGAAAGGUUCCUAUAAGAAUAAUAAUAAUUUAUUAACUAUUGAGAUUGACAAUUGUUUUUAUUUGAUGUUUGAGAUUUUAAACUUAAGAUAUCUCUAUAAUAUCUAUUUAGAUUUAAA